AUAACGAUUGACAAUUUUGUUGUCGCGUUGUCACACAAAAACGAAGAAAACUCCUGAAAAAAGAAAAAAGAGUUUUUCUGAGCAUUUCGCAAACUUCUCUUGGAAAUCAAGGGCAUCAAAACACAAUAGAGAGCAGAUAGAAGAUGGGCAAGAAGGAUGAAAAGUCACAGCAAGGCGAGGAGCUGGUGAAGGUCAACAAGUGGGAUGGAUCCGCAGUGAAGCACGCCCUCGAUGAUGCAGUGAAAACCUGCCUCCUUGGCGAUCGUCCCCAGCUGAAGGAGCAAUUCGGCCUGGUCAACACCCGUUUGGCCCUCUGCGCCCUCGCCGUUUCCGUGGCUAUAAUGGCCCAUGCUUGGGACUUCACCCACCCCUUCCCGGAAUCCCGUCCAGUGCUCCUCUUCAGUGUUUUGGCCUACUUUGCACUCCUCGGCAUUCUGACCCUGCACUCCAGUUUCCGCGAGAAGGGCACCUUUGCGGUGGCCCUGCAGAAGGACAAGGAGCGGGAGCGCCUGUGGGAGGCCAGCUCCGAUAUGCGCAAGUACGACGACAAGUACCUGCUGACCCUCAGUGUUCGCGACACGAAAAAUGGCAAGCGGCGCGAGCAGAGCAGCAACAAGUCGUGCGCCGCCUUCAUCGAUCAGAAUGGCAUCGUCCUGGACAACCUGGUGGCCAACGAGGUCAACCGUCUGUUCAACGCCUUAGCUGCCGACAAGAAGAACGCUAGCAGCCUUUCUUCUAAUUAAACCAAAUUCCCCACUUUUGUCUCAUUAAAUUGUACACUUUUGUGGUAAGCCGACUGUUUGUCUUUUGUAAUAAGCGGAAAAACUAUAAUAUAAAAUGAAUUCUUUGAUUUACAGCUUAACAUAAAUUGUCUGAAUCUGAUAGAAACUUAACCAAUGAUUUGUGGACUAUUUUAUUAUAAUUUCAUGGGUUCAGCUGCAAAAAUCUAAAAGUUAAGAGGGCGGGGAUUCCGGUGGCGGCAGAGGAAGAGGAGAGGGUGCCCAAACUGGAACUGGCGGCGAUGGGGAAACCCAUAUUGCGCUGAUAAGGCCAUUGAUAUUAAUUCCAUAUUUAACCUGGCUGCCUUCCCAGAAGUUAAACAUCAAAAUUGGGAGUUGUCGAUGUCAAAACGUUUAUAUAUAUAUAUCAAUGUUUUUAUAUUCCAAAAGCUCAUAUUUGUGACAUACU